AACCAUCACCACUUCCGCCCCGUCCAUUGCAUCACCAGCCGCAGUCGUCGCUGCGCGGACUCAAUCGCAAUGAACACAAUGUUCCGCUCAGUCACGCGCCUGGCGCGCCCUGUCCUGGCUUCUCCUCUGGCUCAAUCGCCCAGGACGUUCACGACCCUCGUCCCCCUCCGACCCUCCCUGACCCCCUCCACCGUCCGCCGAACAGUCCUCCCCUCGAGCUUCACCCCCUCGACCGCCGCCUCGGCAGACCUGGUCCCCUCGGGCGCCAUCUCAGCUCACCCUGCCAUGGGCGACAUGCAAAUCCGCUGCGGUCCCCGAAACACCAUGAACGGCGCCACCCGGCUGGUCCAGAAGCGCAGACACGGAUUCCUCUACAGGACGCGAAGCAGGACGGGACGCAAGAUCCUCUGGAGGAGGAAGCUCAAGGGCCGCAAACACAUUGCUCAAUAA